AUGAACAUAAAACAAUGUUGGCAAAAAGGCAUUUAUCUCAUCAUUUUAUAUUUUACCUUAAUUUUGCUGAUUUUUGAACUCGUACAACCAAAUUACUUAAAAAAUAUCUUGACAUCUUUGCCAAUAAUUGGGAAAUCCGAGAGAGUCGUUAGUAUUUCAUGGAACUGUCCUCUCAAUCUAUCGCAAAAAACUUAUCCGUAUUACAAUGCAAGUUGGUGUACACAAGAAUUUCUUGCCGGUACAUAUCAAAGAAAAUUAAAGCUACGAGAACUUUUAUAUUUAACCGACGAAUUGCAAAGUACAAGAAAGUCCAUUUCUUUGAUCACAUGUGAAAAAGAACUAUUUCAACAAUAUCGUCAGGCACGCUCUUCUACAGAUAGACCUGAUGUUAUUGUCUAUCUUACUCAAAAACAAAGUCAUACAGUAUAUAAACGUGAUGUUUUUGUCAAUACCCAAAAAAGUCUUGAUAUGCUGUUCCAGCAUUAUUCUGCAAUAUAUAAUGCAGACAUUCUUCUUUUGACGAAUAAGAAUGCAUUCAAUGAUGAUGAUCGCGCAAUUCUUUCUCGAAAUGGGACUCGAAAAAAUCUUCGAUUUUUCGAAAUAGCUGGACCAUAUUGGGAUUAUAUACCAGAAUGUAUUAAUCAAAAAAUAGAUUUACAGUAUGAAAAUUCGUUCAAAAUUGGAUAUCGACAGAUGAUUCGUUUGUAUUCAACAGUAAUUCCUGAUUUAUUACAUAACCUUGGUUAUGAAUGGAUGAUGCGAAUGGAUGAAGAAAGUAGGUAUGUGACAACUCCAUCUCCGCUCAAUGAAUUGGAGUUGUUCGAGAACAUUUCUUUCAUUUGA